ACUCUUUCUUCGUCUUCAACAUCGAACCACUUUCAUUUGGAACACUAUGAUCAAAGCUUUUGUUGAAACAAAACCAAAACACUAGAGCCCUUUCUCUCUGCAAGAAAAUGGUUUAGAGUGGAUUCAUGCCGAAUAAUUAUAUCUUCUCUUUUGUUCUUCGAGCUUGUUACUGAGCUUGAUGGACUCAGCACGUAAAGUCUUGAUAUGGGUGUUAACCAAGACGUUAUUACAUGGACCGCUUUGAUAAAUGGGUAUGUUAAGUGUGGGGAAGUUGGGGUGGCACAGCCACUGUUCGAUCAAAUGCCUGAGAAGAAUGCUGUUUCUUGGAGUGCGAUGAUAACCGGGCAUGUGCAAGUUGGGUUGCUUAGAGAGGCUCCGGAGCUCUUUAAUGAAAUGCAGGUUUCAGGGGUUCGUCCUAAUCAUGCUGCAAUAGUGGGAGCUCUCACUGCUUGUGCUUUUCUUGGUGCUCUGGAUCAGGGAAUGUGGAUGCAUGCAUAUGUGGAUAGAAAUGGGAUGGAGUUGGAUAAAUUGUUAGGCACUGCACUGAUUGACAUGUACACAAAAUGUGGGUGCAUUGAGAUGGCAUGUUGUGCAUUUAAUGAGAUGAAGAAUAGGGAUGUUUCUGUUUUUACUUCUUUAAUUUCAGGCCUAGCAAAUCGUGGUAAAAGUGCUAGAGCUCUUGAGUUGUUUGUAAUGAUGCAGAAUGAAGGAGUUGUUCCUAACGAAGUUACUUUUAUAUGCAUUCUAAGUGCUUGCAGUCGAAUGGGAUUGGUCGAUGAAGGGCCAAGAAUAUUCAGUAACAUGAGCAAGGUUUAUGGGAUUGAGCCAUGGGUUCAGCACUGUGGCUGUUUGGUAGAUCUUUUGGGGAGAGCAGGGAUGCUAGAUGAUGCAAAGAAAUUAGUGAGAGAGAUGCCACUGGAACCAGACUCCUAUGUCUUGGGUGCAUUAUUCAACGCCUGUAGAAUGCAUGGUGAUGUUGAGUUGGUUAACGAAUGGGAGGGGGUGGUAAAGGUGAGGGAGGAAAUGGAAGAUAAGAAGGUCAGGAAGGUUCCAGGCUGUAGCUUAAUUGAAGUGGAUGGUCAGGUUUGUGAAUUUGUUGCGGGAGAUUGGUGUCAAGUGCAUAUGGAGGAGGCCAUGCUAUUUUUAUUAGGGAUUGAUAAUCAUUUGAGGUUUACUUGGGAGGAUGAUGAUAAUGAUAAACUUCUGACCAUUGAAUAAGUCAUAACCAAGUGCUGAUGCUAAACAAACCACACUGCAAGAUGAUAAACAGAAACCAGAUCAAAACACAAGAUUUAUUCUUUUUCUUGAGGAAAGACUAUCCUUGUAAUUGUAGUUUUUUUUUUUUUUUGAACAUUAGGGGUGGAACUCGAACCUCAACUUGCCAAACUUUAUAUGAGAAGUCUUUUACAGAGGAGAUGUGACCAUUAGGCCAUGAGGACGUUCACAUCCUUGUAAUUGCAAUUGAUCCUUUGACGUAUGCAAUUUUCAUUAUUGCCAAUAAAGUCACAUUUUUUCA